AUGGCGCCUGUAUCGAUUCGACAGUACCACUCAUUAUCUCCUCCUCGCCCUCAAAAAGGACCAUCCACCAAACCAAUUGAAACGGAUGCUCGCAUUGAUCCCAUAGUAUUCGUGGAGCUGUUUGCGGGAACCUUUGGCAUAUUCAUUCUCUCUGUUCUGAUUUGGAAGGCGGGGAAUUUCAUUCGCUCAUUUACAGAAGACAAGGUGCUGGCAGAAGGGAAAUCACCACACACUCGAUUUGCAAAGACUUGGUAUGGCUGGGUCACCCUUGAAACACGCGAAAGAAACAGACUGUUCUUUCGCAAAUUGUUCGCCAGGGUACGAGACUGGAUGGCUUGGGAAUCACCGAGAACGGAUUAUCAGUGGAUAUGGUGGGACCCCGGCCAGGAGGCGCUUCAGGCUCGACGCAAGGCUCAGCGACGGGAGAGGUGGUUGCCAAAAUUCCUGUUAAGCUAUGAAUCGCCUCCAGCAGAUGCGAUCUGGAACCCGGGCCCACAAGCAGAGUGUCACGGCGCAUUGUUCCCAGUGCCAGAGCACGAUCAAGGUCUGUCGGCAGACAUGGAAACGGUUCCCGUCGAGGAAAACGUCAAUUCGUCUCCAAAAAACCCCUGGAGGACAUCCGGCAAGAAGGAGAGCAUGGGGAUGUUGGUACCACCAGAAGCACAUAGUCACAGUGAUUCAAGAUUCAGCGCUGAGACAUCAGAAGAAGGAAUGGAAAGCAUUGUUUGGUGUGACGCAAGAACAAACAUCUGCUCAUCAACUGCAUCACUUAAUGGUGGAAAAUACCCCAUCCUGGAAGACACUUUUGUUGCUAAGCGGGAGGCAUCUCAGUGGAGACAUUCGAGUCGCAAUAAAGGUACCUUGCAUCUGGCACAACUUGAUGGCCCCAGCGGGCCCGGAAUAGCCAAACAUCCUCCAGCUGUAUACAAGGGUAACGAGGCCUCGAGAGACCGUUCACGACGAACAGCAGGUACAUUGCGCCGUGGACAUGCUCGGAGACAUCGGAUCUGGGCCGCAAAAAUGCAGGUGCAAGCUGCGACGUCGUUCCUGAAUGAUCUGCGAGACUCGUCUGGUCCUCCUGGAACCCCAAUCACCGAGAUGCUGGCUAGUCUGAUCUCAGAGCAUGGUAUCUCAGAGCAGACAUUUUCAGAUGGCAUCUCAGAAGCACACAUGAAUAAAGGCAGCCAGCAGAUGAAAAAAUCUAUUGGGAGAAUCUCCCUUGCAUUCCGACCAAGCAUUGUGAGCAAAGGAAUUUCAUUUUCUGAAGAUAUCCCUACCAAUGGAAGAACGCCCUUCUACCAUACCUUACCGUCGCGGCUAAGCCCAAUAAUCGAGGUAACGCGGGACUCGGGGAAUAUACACUCUGUGCAUGUUCCGCAGACAGCUUCUGGCAGACGCACCGUCUUUGACAUCUGGCAAGACCAGGAAAGUCCUCACUCAAGAUACUCAGAACAUCGACUGUCGCAGUAUCAAGCUUUAGAAGACAGCAGCAUAGCUUGUGAAGAGCUGAGCGACUGGGAACUGAGGCUAAUAGAUAAGUUGGAUCGAAAACUUGUAUGGGUCUUCAACGAAACGACACCUGGUCAAAAGCCGUACCACUUCACUUUGCUCGCAAAUCACUGGUUGAACCGAGAGACAUGGGUAGUGAUUGACCCCGUCUCAAGAGUGUCCACAGAUGCACGAAGAAAUAACGGCGACCCACGCUACAAUGUCCCCUACCCAGAGCCAGAAUUUGGCAACAAGCCAAAGUACCCCGAUGUUGUACGGAAAAAAGCCCAUACGCCCCGAAUUGAUUACUGGCGCGCCGCGAUGAACCGGCAGAGAAAGGCUUCUGGAGUUCCGGACAUCAUACGCCCAAGGGAACUAUAUGAGGACUCUGCGGAAGAACCACCGGACGGUCAUAUUGACCCCGCGUGCUGGAUCUUGCCAAAGCCGCCGCAGGGAUUCGAGAUGUCAACGAAGCAAAAGAAUGCAUGGUACGAGGGAGGCGCAGGAUGGCAAGAACAACUUGACGACUGGCAGAGAGUUCGUCGAGGAUAUCGUCUUCGUAAAGCCCUGUUUGAGGGCCGAGUCAAUCGGAAUCGAGUGAAAGAGGUUGCCACAAAUGUUAACAAAUAUUGUCGCCGUGAAUCGCGUAAGGUGAUCAAGCGGGAUGAAAAAAAAAGCCACAACCAGCCUAAAAGUGUUAGGAGUUCGCUAAAGGCGGCCCUUGUUCAUUCGUUCCUAGUAUAG